CCGCAGGAUAAAUAGUGGAGCUCUGCGCCAUGAGGCUCAGGCUUGAGGAUCAAUACACCGAGAGACAGAGACCGUCCUCUGGGGUAGCCGCGAAAACGCCGAGACACUCCAAAUAAUAAGAAACACCGAGUUAGCUUUCAUUUCAGCGUCGUAAUAUUUUCGCGCCAAUCAAUCGUCAACAAUGAUGAACGGACAGAUGAACGGCUUCCAUAACUCCCUCAUUGACGAGGACUGCUUCUUGUUCACCUCAGAGUCAGUCGGAGAAGGACACCCCGACAAGAUCUGUGACCAGAUCAGUGAUGCAGUUCUAGAUGCUCAUCUCAAGCAGGAUCCUGAUGCCAAAGUUGCUUGUGAGACCGUUGCCAAGACUGGGAUGAUCUUGCUGGCAGGUGAGGUGACAUCCCGUGCCACAGUGGACUACCAGAAAGUUGUUCGCGACACCAUCCGCCAAAUUGGAUAUGAUGACUCCUCCAAAGGCUUUGACUAUAAGACCUGCAAUGUUCUUGUGGCUCUGGAGCAGCAGUCACCUGACAUCGCCCAGGGUGUUCACGUUGACCGUAAUGAGGAGGACAUUGGAGCUGGGGACCAGGGAUUGAUGUUUGGAUAUGCCACUGAUGAGACUGAGGAGUGCAUGCCUCUCACCAUUGUGCUUGCCCACAAGCUGAAUGCGAAGAUGGCUGAAUUACGACGCAAUGGCACCCUUCCAUGGCUCCGACCAGACUCUAAGACACAGGUUACUGUGCAGUACCGUCAGGACCGCGGUGCCAUGCUCCCCGUGCGCGUGCACACAAUUGUCAUCUCUGUUCAGCAUGAUGAGGAUAUCUGCCUGGAGGAGAUGAGAGAUGCUCUAAAGGAGAAAAUCAUCAAGGCUGUUGUUCCCUGCAUCUACUUGGAUGAUGACACCAUCUACCACCUGCAGCCCAGUGGGCGGUUUGUCAUUGGCGGCCCACAGGGAGAUGCUGGCCUCACGGGACGUAAAAUCAUUGUGGACACGUACGGAGGCUGGGGAGCCCAUGGUGGUGGAGCGUUCUCUGGGAAGGAUUACACAAAGGUGGACCGCUCUGCUGCUUAUGCUGCACGCUGGGUGGCCAAGUCUCUGGUGAAGGCUGAGCUCUGCAAGCGGGUGUUGGUCCAGGUGUCCUAUGCCAUUGGAGUUGCCCAUCCCCUCUCCAUUUCUAUCUUCCACUAUGGGACCUCCCACAAGAGUGAGAGGGAGCUGCUUGACAUUGUGAAGAAGAACUUUGAUCUCCGUCCUGGAGUCAUUGUCAGGUAAAGUAUAACCUCAGAAGCCCACUGCUACUCAAAUAGCAGUUCCUGGCUCCUUUCUGUUUCCCAUGCCUUAGUGUUAACUUUACUCAGUUGCCCUGCCCGGGAUUUAAUUUAAUCUAUUAAUUGUGAAACAACAGAAUAUUUCUGUUUGACCUCUGUUAUCAAACAUUGAGUGCUUUAUCUCUUUUUACUAAAUUACAAAAUAGGUUACACGUGGGCAUCACUGGGGCAAAAAGUCUCAUUUACUGGGGCAAAUGUGACUGAUAUCUGGUGUAGUAAAGCCAUAUAGCUCAGUUAGAUAACUGCUGCUUUGUAAAUUGGAUGAGUGUGGUUUCCAUCUGCAAGCUGCAGUGUCCUGUUUGGUUGGCAGGGUAAGUGUUGAAGCUUCACGGUUCCCUCCUUAUCAGCCAGUCUAACUUUUUGUGUAUGACUCGACACUCCCCACUGGUUAAUUGUGGGGUUAUGCCUGUGUGAGUAGAUUGUGUGGAUCUAAGGUCACUGGGUGUGACUGCUGCUAAAUAUGUUGAUUAUGUAUUCCAGGGAGCUGGAUCUGAAGAAACCCUUGUAUCAGAGGACAGCAGCCUAUGGCCACUUUGGCCGAGACUCCUUCCCAUGGGAGGUGCCCAAAAAACUCAAAUACUAAACCUGUUAAGCUUUUCCCCCCCAGGCUUGUUGGUGUAUACUACAGAGAAGCCUCCAAGGUUCCGGGGUGAAAUGCGCUUAUCUCUCACAUAAUAAUGGUAUCAUUUAACACAUGACUCCCUUCCUCGCUCCACACCUCCCUUUUGUCUUGUUACUGUUUUCUACUGGUUGCAGUAUCGUGCUGGUCCUAGGAGGCAUACCUCUAAAACUUGAUGUUUUAAAGAAUUGGAUGGGUUCCAUGAACUCAUGCACUGAAGUUCAUGUUCUCCCAUGUCUUGAAGUCCCCCUGCUUCUUGUGAUAGACACUGAGUAGUUGCGUUCAGUUGUUCUCCUUUUGGCAUUCCACAUGUCAGUAUAGUCAGUCUAUUCAAUGUCAUGGCGGUAGCAUAUUAGGCUAUAUGCGAUACCCCUCUUAAUUUACUGGUGCUACUGAUAUGAGUCAGCAUGACAUCUAAAUUUAUUCAAGUACAUUUAUAACUAUCAUUCGAUAGUUGGAGAGUCCACUGAUCUAGCACUGCCCCCCCCCCCCCCCCCCCCCCCCCAAAAAAAAAAAAAAAAGCUUAGCUUUUUAACAUUCCUCCUUUGUCAAUCUGGUAUACUUAUUCCUUGACCCAGUGUUUUAAUCCUUUUUGUUAGCUUGGCUCUGUCCCCUCUUUGUGGAGGAUGCUAGAAUGGCACAAUUAAAUUUCAAGGGUUGUCGCUGUUUUCACUAAAAAUGCUAUGCAUUGCAGGCUAAGGGGCAAGCCAAAUGCUAAUAAUUAUUCAAGCUCUCAAAUGAGCUUAAAGCCUCAGAUGCCCCUACAGACCUUUGCUGUUUUCUGACGUAAUACAGAAAAGUCAGAAGCUGCUAUGUCACUGCUCUGGUCUGCAGAGGUAUUGGUUAUACUUGAUGGCGAUAGGGAAAAUUUCAACUGUUUAUGCAUUGAAAAUCAAUUUUAAAUUAGUCCUUUUUAAAUGUAGUUUCACUUGCUUUUUUAUGGUUUGAAGUGACUAAAGGCCCUUUUACUCCUUAAGUUUAUUGACGGCAGGUGUACCUACAGAGAAACCUGAGUACCAUCUUUAUUCUUAAAGGAGUGUGUUUUUGCCAGUCUUAUUGGCUAUAAAUCGAACCUCAACACUAUUUAUUUGUUCUCUGAAACUCGGCGUGGAUACAGAGAAGCUGAGGUUUCAGAAGGCAGCUUUAAUUAGACUUGCUUAUUGAAUCUUGGAUUCCGUUUGACUUGAUCAUUUCAGUGUUUGGCUUGAGGCUCCAGAGUGUUGUACAGAAAAGCUUUGGUCCACCUCAACAGCAGUGUCACUGGUUACUGUAAAUGACUCUUGAAACGUUUUUUAUUUUUGGACUGCAGAUCUUAUUUUUUUAGGUGGGUCAGUUUGGAAAUCCCAUUUAAAAUGUCGAGUGCAAUUCUUUGGCACUUAGCUAUCCUCAUUAUUGCGAUGGCAACAUUUGGUUGGUGUAGUACAGAGAAACCAGCCUUGUUUACAUAGCCAUCCCAUGUGAGGGAUAGUUUCAAGUUUUGGUUUUGUUCCCUUUAACCACUCGAAGUCAUCCCGUUGGCUACAGUAAGUGUAAGAGUGCCUUUUCUAUUUCCUCUACCCCCCCCCCACACACACACACACACACUCCCACCCCCCAUUUGCUUUUCUCCCUCCCCACCAACAUGCAUUCAACUUCCAGAGGAACAAGUAGCUCCUACUGUAAUAUGCUUCAUGUCUUGAUUGGGUAGUUUCCUUCUGCUCUGUAAUAAACAACUACUCCUUUGAA